GGGUAGCUGCAGAGUCCAGGAAGAGCCGCGCGUUUUGUUUCGCGUGUUCGCCUCGUUUGUCCGUUUCUUACAUACCAGACACCUUCGACCAAAUAUUUCAGCCUCCUUAAAGUACAUUUUUGAAGUGACAAUACGGCAUUGGUGAAUAUUUUGUGUCAUGGGACGUCAGUUUGAAAAAGUCGGAGAGGCCGGCUAGAAAAAAAAAAACAAUUGACAGGACGCUAUCCUGGGCUAAUCAGUUGACCUGCCGUGACAGCGGUAACCUCCUCUAUUGAGAAAAUGUCCGACGAUUUAUUACUAGAUAGGGGAUCUAUAUAUUUCUUUGACCAGGCAAUAGAAGGCAAUGCAUCAAAUAAACCAACACGGAAGACGUUAGAAGAGCUGCCUGUCGAUCUGAGAUACUCAAACAUCAAUCCUCGCCUAGCUGCUUUUCUUAGAAGCAGAAGCAAAAAGUCAGUUACUGAAGACACCUCCACAGAUGAAGAAGGAGAAAAUAAAUCUAAAGAAGAUCUCAAAAAGAGAGAAAAACAUAAAGUCUUGUCAGAGGUGAACAGUGAGAAUUUGCCUAACAGGAGCAGUGAAGAAGGAACUGUUGGGUCCAAUCACCUAGCAGCUUCAAGGGAUGAAAGUCAGAUUAUGCUUGUUGAUGAGUUUAGGUAUAUGGCUCCCAGUACAUUGGCUGAACUGGGAAGGAUGCUGGUGGCAAUUGAUGGAUGUGAAGAAGAGAUCCCCCUACCACGCGGCCUGGUGAAUGUUUUGAAUUAUACAUGGAAGGAACUCACAGAGGGGGCAGUGUACAGUAAGAGGCACUGGCAAUCUCUGGCCUAUAAAAGCACAAAGUCCCAGAAAGUCAGAGGGUCACAUAGCUCUGAAAAACCCAACGAUGAUGCAGCACUAGAUAAAACCCCCAAGAAUAAACUGAAAAAGAGAGUCACUCUUACAGACAUAGAGCCAGAAAAGGGAACCCAGGAGUCAACAAAUGGACAAGCAAAACGAGGGCUAACAGAGCAUAAAAGUGAAAAAGAAGCAGAAAAAGGGAGAUAAUGGUGCAGAAAGGGAAGGAUUAAAUCUACACCAGUCAGAGAUGGGUCAGGUGACAUUUUUACCACUUACUAUUAGUUUCUCUAUGUCAUCAAGAAUAUGUGAGGAACAAG